AUGCCGCGGGUGACACCGUUCUACGCGGUCAAGUGCAACAAUGACGAGGCGAUCCUCUCCGCGCUCGCCGCUCUCGGCGCCGGCUUCGACUGCGCCUCUGACGCAGAGCUGGACAUGGUGCUGGAGUUGGGGGUUCCCACCGGCCGCAUAGUGUUUGCCAACGCAUGCAAGCGCCCACGAGACAUCCGCCGCGCAGCCGAGAAGCAGGCGAAUCUGACGACCUUUGACACAGCGUCUGAGCUGGCCAAGCUUGCCAGGUGGCACCCCGCCACGCGUGCAUUACUGCGCAUCCGCGCAGACGACCCGGCCGCGCGCUGCCAGCUGGGCAAUAAGUAUGGCGCCGACCCCUCUGAAGUGCCCGCCCUGCUGCAGGCGGCCAAGGAGAUGGGCAUUGAGGUGUGCGGCAUCAGCUUCCACGUCGGCAGCGGCGCGACCAAUCCGGAUGCUUUCAGCGAAGCUAUCGCUCUCGCCCGCACCGCCUUUGACGCUGGCACAGGCUUGGGAUUCACGAUGGACCUCCUGGACAUCGGAGGGGGAUUCUGCGAAGGGCGAGUCAUGGGCGACGUGGCGGUGGCAGUCAACACCGCGCUAGCCCUGCACUUCCCCGUCUCCAGUGGCGUGCGCAUCAUUGCAGAACCCGGCAGGUACUUUGCAGAAUCCUGCGCCACCUUCGGAUCCAUGGUUUUCGGUGUCCGGGACGGCCGGUGCGCCAAAUCCGGCGCGGCCAUUCGCGAUUACUGGAUCACUGACGGCAUCUAUGGCAGCAUGAAUUCAUUGCUGUACGAUCAUGCCACGGUGGCGCCGCGGCCGCUGCACAUGAUGACUAAUGAGGCCGUGAACGGUGCUACGGACCUUACGGAUGGUCCCAUGCUACGCGGCUGCGUUUUCGGCCCUACCUGCGACGGCCUCGACACCGUGCUGCAUGACUACGCGUUACCUAAUCUCGACGUGGGUGACUGGCUGGUGUUUAGGAACCACGGAGCUUACACGUUCGUCGGAGCCUGCCCCUUCAAUGGCAUGGACCCUGCUCCUGCCACGUUCUAUGUCUUCUCUGAGAAUUGAGCUGUGGGGAUUCGAGGAAGUGGAGCGUGAGUAGGAAGUGCAGCUGGCGAUGCAUUGAGGAAUUUGGAUGUGUGUUGAUGGGCACUGAACACGGCAAAUUUCAUGGAGGUGUCAUGCAGAGGUCAGAGGAUUAGAGGCAGGCAGAACUCUCAGGAGGGAGGGGUUAUUGCAGCGCUAGUGAUGGAUUAGUACAACAGGAGAAUUGGGUAUUGAUGAUCAUUUUAUGAAAGGAAAGCAGAGUGGGAUCAUGGAAUAACAACCGGAAGUAUUUGUCAUAAGCAGGCAGGUUCCUGCUGAUCAGCGGUCGGUGUGCAAGUUAGUUACAUUCCACAAUUACAUCACAAUCACAUCAGAAGCAACCCAAAUUUUUAUCAGUUCUGAGCUCCUGAAUUGGCGCCCUUUAGGAGGGUUGUGCAUCAGCGGGUAGUUUGUUACAGGUUCUGAUCCAAAGUUUCAGUAUGAAUUCAGGAUGGUCAUGAUAGUGCACUCCUAUGG